CAACACGUCAGUAUAAAAAACGAUCACUACUUUGCUACUCUGUCUUUGGCAUUAGAACGAAAACGAACACUCAUAGCCGCGAAUCGAUCUGCAUGAUGCUCAUGUUUCGCUCUAUCGCGUCUAAAUCCAAAACCAGCAACACUGCUCUUCUUCUUCUUCGUGCUAUCGCAUCCCAAUCCCUUCACAGCAACAUUACCAACCUCCACCCUCCCAAUGCUAAUCAUUCUUAUCAUUCAUUUUCUCGCCGCCAUGCUUUUUCAUUCUCUAAGCCACGCGCCAAUUCUAGGGUUCCGACUUCUCAAAGCUUCUGCACCGCGUCCUCCGACAGGGACUCAAUCGAGUACGACGUCGUCAUCGUCGGCGCAGGUCCCGCCGGCUUAUCGGCGGCGAUACGGAUCAAGCAAAUGUGCCGCGAACGAAACGCCGAUUUGUCCGUCUGUGUCCUCGAGAAAGGUGCCGAAGUCGGUGCUCACAUUCUUUCUGGAAACGUUUUUGAACCUCGCGCGCUAAAUGAGCUUCUUCCGCAGUGGAAGGAGCAAGAGGCUCCGAUCACUACUCCUGUUUCUUCUGACAAGUUUUGGUUUCUGACCAAAGGUCGCGCAAUUUCGCUUCCGUCUCCUUUCAACAACAAAGGCAACUAUGUAAUAAGUCUAAGUCAGUUAGUACGUUGGUUGGGAGCAAAAGCUGAAGAGCUAGGAGUGGAAAUAUACCCAGGAUUUGCUGCGAGUGAGGUAUUGUAUGAUGCAAACAACAAAGUUAUCGGUAUCGGAACUAAUGAUAUGGGAAUUUCAAAAGAUGGUUCAAAGAAGGAGAAUUUUCAACAUGGCGUCGAGAUCAAAGGCCGCAUAACACUCCUGGCUGAGGGAUGUCGAGGAUCAUUGUCAGAGAAAAUAAUGAAAAAGUACCACCUAAGAGAGAAGGGAGGUUCUGAACAUCAGACAUAUGCUUUGGGAAUUAAAGAGGUUUGGGAAAUUGAUGAGAAAAAGCAUCAACCUGGUGCUGUAAUCCACACAUUGGGAUGGCCCUUGGAUCAUAAAACAUACGGAGGAUCUUUUCUGUAUCACAUGAAAGAUAAACAAAUAUCUAUAGGCCUUGUGGUUGCUUUAAACUAUCAGAACCCUUUCAUGAAUCCUUAUGAGGAAUUCCAGAAACUAAAGCAUCAUCCUGCAAUUAAAUCAUUUCUGGAAGGUGGAACAGUUAUCCAGUAUGGAGCUCGCACUUUAAAUGAAGGUGGUUUUCAGUCUAUCCCAUAUCCAGUUUUUCCUGGAGGAGCAAUUAUUGGAUGUUCAGCUGGCUUCAUGAAUGUGCCAAAGAUAAAGGGAACUCACACGGCAAUGAAAUCAGGAAUGCUUGCAGCUGAAGUUACAUUUGGUGCACUAAAUGAAGGUCUAGAUAUGGAUAUGUAUUGGGAUGCUUUGAGAAAUUCAUGGAUUUGGGAAGAAUUGCAUAAAUCUCGGAACUAUCGACCGGCCUUUGAAUACGGGCUUAUUCCAGGACUGGCCUUAAGUGGUCUGGAACAUUACAUAUUCAAGGGGAGGCACCCAGUUACUUUGAAGCAUGGUAAACCUGAUCAUGAGGCUAUGAAUACUGCCAAAUCACAUUCUCCAAUUCACUAUCCAAAGGCUGACGGUGUCUUGUCCUUUGAUGUGCCUACCUCCCUGCACAGGAGCAACACAAAUCAUGAACAUGAUCAACCUCCUCAUCUUCGUUUGAGAGACCCAAAGAUUCCUGAACUUGUAAAUUUACCAGUGUAUGCUGCACCUGAAUCGCGAUAUUGUCCUGCCCGAGUAUAUGAGUAUGUUGCAGAUGAGCAGAAUCAGAUGAAGUUGCAAAUUAAUGCACAAAAUUGCUUACAUUGCAAGGCUUGUGAUAUCAAAGAUCCAAAGCAAAAUAUUGAGUGGACAGUGCCUGAAGGGGGUGGAGGCCCAGGAUACUCAGUCAUGUAGUCAUGGUAUUAUUCACGCAAAUACGUGUGUAUUAUUACCCUCUGCGUUGGAAAAAAAAUGAAAAAGCUGCCCCUGUAUUUUGUUGCCUCCCCCAAAAAAUAAAGCCUCUCCCCUUCCAUACGCAACACAGACACCAAAAGUGGGCUACAUAUUAAAAUAGUGUAUUUGCUGAAAUAAAAUGUACUAUAGAUACAGAUUACUCGCCAUACAGUCAACAAAUGUUACAUUAUUCUAUUAAAAUUAUGACUGUUGAUUAUUUUUCAUUCCUUAAA